UACCAGCAAACCUUUCACACACAGCCAAAGAGCCCUGCCAACGAAAUAGAUCAGCAAAGAUGUUCUAUCAACCCGGAGUCACCGAGCAUGGACUACCGCAUGACCCCUUCAAGGCCUGCGUUGUUCCCCGCCCGAUCGGCUGGAUCUCCACCAAGAACAAGAAAGGCCAGUGCAACCUGGCGCCGUACUCGCAGUUCAACAACCUGACCUUCGACCCGCCCUACGUGAUGUUCUCCUCCAACCAGACGGCCCAGGGGAUACGGAAGGACACGGUCAUCAACGCCGAGGAGACGGGCACCUUCGUGUGGAACCUUGCCACCUGGGACCUGCGCGAAGCCGUCAACAUCACCGCGGAGCAGACCCCCUACGGCACCGACGAGUUCGAGCUCUGCAAAAUCACCAAGGAGCAGGCCACGUUGGUGGAUGUCCCCAUGAUCAAGGAGUCCCCCGUCAAGUUUGAGUGCGAGUACCACACUACCGUCCGCCUGCCGGGCAACCCGCCCAUGGGCACCGUCGACAUCGUCAUUGGGAAGGUGAUCGGCGUGCACAUCGCGGACCGCGUGCUCACCGACGGCCUGCUCGACAUCAAGAAGACGCAGCCCAUCGCGCGCUGCGGCUACUACCAGUACACCGUGGUGAAGGAUACCUUCGAAAUGAUCAUCCCCAACAUGUCGGCCGACGUGCUGUAUGGGUUAGAGGGGAAUGCGGCGAGGAAUCGCAGCAAGAAUGAGGCAAAUAAGGCGGAAGCAGGUCAGGUGUUUGAAUUUCCGGAGAAGGAUUCCUGAGUGGGUGAAGGAUUUGAAUGAGCGAUGGAUCUGAUUGCGUCAGGGUGUCUGAGCCGAACUUUCAAUACGGGUGAGAUAGCAGACUUACCGUUACACUCUCUGCCGUGCUGAGUGUUUUUAUAUAACCAUAUCAAG